AUGGCGGUCAGAUUGUGGUUCUGUGUUGCUUUAGUGACUCAUAUGUUGAUCGUGGUUUUAUGUAAUGAUGAACCCGACACUACAGUGACAGCUACUGAUGUUGUAACCGAGUCAACAUCGACACCAUCACUUGCAAACCCCGUCACUUCGACAAUCAUUAAAAAAGUGAAAUGUAGAAAAAUUAAAAAAUGUCCGAAGAACGAAGAGUUUUCAAUAUGUCCUCAGUCACUUCAAAGAGCUCAGUAUUGUUCCGAAAAGGGACAAUCCUGCAGACAGCUGACAGUGGACAAACAGUCUUGCAAGAGAGGGUGUGUCUGCAAGAAAGGUUAUCUCAGGGCUGACAACGGCACUUGUGUCAUGGAAGAAGAAUGUCCAACCACAUGCGGUCCCAAUGAAAUAGAGGACAACUGUCCAGCGAACUGUGAGUCCAAUUACUGCCCAACCAGCAACAGCAGCGAUAGUGUACUGUGCGCCACUCCUGAUGUAUGCCCUCCUAAAGUCUGCAAAUGCCGCUUCAACUAUCGUCGCGCCAUCAAUGGGACCUGUAUACCUACUAGAAGUUGCCCACCUUUUGACUGUAGCUCAAAACCAAAUGAAGAGUUCGUUAGCUGUCCACCACUCUGCCCAACUGAUGAUUGCAGUCAAGCUUCACCCAGUGGAGAAUGUCCCCCACUCUUUGGAAACAUAGGAAUAGUAUUACCAUGCAGUCCCAAAUGUAGAUGCAUUAAGGGAUACUGGAGACUUAAUGGAACUUGCGUGCCUUAUGGACAGUGUCCUGGAGUUUGUCCGGAAAACGAAAGAUAUUCCGAAUGCUUACAAGGUGAAUGUCGUGCUUUAAACUGUACUCAACAAGGCAAGUCAAUAGCAUGCCCAAGAAUAAGACCAGAGUUUUGCAAAAAAGGUUGUGUUUGCCAAGAGGGGUACUUGAGGAACAAAGAUGGCACUUGUGUGAAGGAAGACCAAUGUGAAGCCCCAGUUUGUCCAGCAAACGAAAUUUGGUCUACAUGUGCCCAAGCCACUUGUAGAGCAGAAAACUGUUCUCAACGAGGUAAACCUAUCGCUUGCCCAAGAGUUAAAGAAGAAUUUUGUAUCAAAAAAUGUAUUUGCGCAAAAGGCUACCUGCGAAAUGAAAAUGGAGAUUGCGUACUAGAAGACCAGUGUCCCCCUCCAACUUGCAAUGAAAACGAACAGCUGGAAAACUGCUCACAGUCUUGUAACACAGAUUAUUGCCCACGGUCAGAAAAUGAGAAAGAAGUGUGUUCAGAGUCAAAAACUUGCAUUCCUAGAUGCAAAUGCCAGUUCAACUAUCGACGUGAUGAGAAUGGAACUUGUAUUCCUAUUGAGAGUUGCCCUCCCUUCGACUGCAGUUCCCGUCCAAAUGAGAAAUACAACCCCUGUCCACCUAUCUGCCCAUCUGACGACUGUGGUCAACCUCGACUUAAGGGACGAUGUCCGUACAGAAUAGGCAUCCGUCUCAUAUGUAAUCCUAAGUGCGAAUGUUUGGAUGGGUACGGCAGAGUCAACGGUACCUGUGUGCCUUUUGAAGAAUGUCCUGACCUCUGUCCUAUAAAUGAGGAGUACUCUCCGUGCACACAAAGAACAUGUCGACCAGAAAAUUGCAAAGAUAGGAACUCCACAAUGGAGAACUGUUCUACAAUGGAAGAUGAAUUUUGUGAGCGAGGCUGUGUGUGCAAAGAAAACUAUUACAGAAAUGAUGAAGGAGAUUGCGUUCCUUCUGAGGAAUGUGAAGAUAACGAGGAUGACAAUGAGGAAGAUAAAGGGGAUAUUAAAGAAGAGCCGUCUUGUCCAACAAAUGAAGAGUUCGUUCCAUGCAUUCAAGGAGUUUGCAGACCCAUGAAAUGUGGACAAGAAGACGAAGAUGUGCCUUGCCCUGAAGUUCCUGAAGAUAAAUGUGAAAGUGGCUGUAUUUGUAAGGAACAUUAUUUGAGAGCGAAAAACGGCACUUGUGUUCCUGAGGAUACUUGUGAAGAUGAGGAGCAGACAACAGUAUCAUGUGGACCUAAUGAGCAAUUCUCAACGUGCUCUCAAGCUGUGUGUAGAGCACUGGAUUGUAAGGACAGAGGUAGACCAAUAGCUUGCCCAAUGAUCCUCGAAGGUUCUUGUAUAAAGGAAUGCAUCUGUAUAUCUGGUUACCUUCGAACUGAAAGCGGUGAAUGUGUACCUGAGGAUCAAUGUCCUGCUCCAACCUGCGUUGAGAACGAAGUACUACAAAACUGUUCCCAAUAUUGCAAUUCUGACUACUGCCCGUACUCAGCGGAUCAGCAGCAGGAAUGCUACCCAUCUUUUCCUCCAGGUUCUUGUGUACCUGAGUGUAAAUGUAGGUUUAAUUACAGAAGAAGUGACAAUGGAACAUGUAUACCGACUAGAAGUUGCCCUCCCUUCGACUGCAGUGACAGACCCAAUGAAGAGUAUAAUCCUUGCCCUCCGAUUUGUCCAUCUGACGCUUGUGGUAAACCUAGGCUCACUGGUCGCUGUCCAUUCAGCAUCAAAAUAGUCCUAAACUGCCAGCCAAAAUGCCAAUGUAAGGACGGAUACGGCAGGGUCAAUGGAACUUGCGUACCAUUUGAAGAAUGUCCUGACCUCUGCCCCACCAAUGAGGAGUACUCCCCGUGCAUACAAAGGACAUGUCGACCACAGAACUGCUCCAACCGUAACACCACCAUGGAAAACUGUUCCACAUGUGAUGAUACUAAAUGUCAGCGAGGAUGUGUCUGCAAGGAGAAUUACUACAGGAAUGACAAAGGAGUCUGUGUUCCUUCUGAACAAUGUGAGGACAAAAAAGAUAUCUGUACCGGCCCAAAUGAGCACUAUACGACGGAAUUGAGUACCUGUCCUCCUAACAUCUGCCAAUCACUAGUCGCUAGGUACAAAUGUGACUCCAUGAAGCGACCGCAGCCAGGCUGCAUUUGUGACUCCGGCUACUUAAGACGAAACUUGACAUCACCCUGUAUACCAAUAUGUGAGUGCCCAGAAAUGGCUAGCUCACCUGAUUGUAAAAAAUAA